CCUUGAAGCUGCAUCGCUCCUCUUCUUCAAGUCUCCUACAUGCACUUCACCUCUCCUCGAACCAUGACCUUAUAGCCUUUCUUGUCACCAGCCUGGACUCGUUGCUUGUUUUCCAUCACCUUUUCACGCUCCCUCGUUUCACACGCUGCUUCCUCCUCUCGUCAUCACUCGCACACUCUCACAACACACACUCUCUCCCGUGUACGUCAGCAGCGCCCCCGGCUCUGACUCCCACGCAUCCCGCUCGCAACCGCCGCCCGCAGCUCGAGGUGCUUGAAAACAGCAACCACGCUCCACGACAAAUCACCACAAGAACGGCGCCGUCCUCCAAUCCGCUGUUCAAUUCAACUGCUCUGCCCAAAUUACCUUUUUUACGAACUCUCCUACGACCUUUACGACAACUGCUACCGCCACACUGCUUGCUCUGUUGCCUCGAGGAGAACGCGAGCUUCACGAUCCUAAUCCACCAGAUGAUUCAUCUAUCCACUCUUUAAUCUCUCUUUGGUCCUUUUCAACGCCGUUCAUCCUGGUCGGCACGCUCUGUCCAUAUAUUGCUUGCUCUUUACUCACGACCUCUUCCGACGAUCCGAGAUUGUUACUGCUUCCUUCCGUUAUGCUGGAGUCUGGCUUCUGAACAUCAACAUCAAUCGAACAAUCAACCCACAAAAGCGACUCUAGACCGCGUUCUGCUUUCCGCGACUUUUGGGAUCCAUUGUGCUCUCCUCUUGAACAGCUUGCUCCUUCCGCGUCAUCGUCUUCCAGGCUCCUUGUCUGUCUGCAGUGUCAUUGACAUCGACCCUGAGCAGCACAUCGAAGCCCCGUCAGUCCUUUUCAUUCGAAUUCAACGUCCAUGGAUUGCAUGCGAAACAACUUUGUUGACGGUGUGCUUCUAGAUGGACGAUAUCGAACCGUGGCGCCUCUCAACCAUGGCUCCUUUGGCAUGGUCUUCAAGGCCUACGACACGUGGACCGGCGAGUUCGUUGCUCUAAAGUGUCUUACCAAGCCGAAUGCCGCUCACAACGUGGGCGAAUUUGCUGUCGAUGACAGAUCCGAAGAGCUGACCAUCCACCGUCGCAUUGGCUAUCACCCCAACAUAAUUCGGCUUCUGCACCACUUUGAAACGGAACAUCACACCUACCUCGUGCUCGAGUUCUGCGAGAAUGGCGACCUUUACGAAGCCAUUCGCGUUGGUCGCGGUCCCGGUCGGACCGAACAUGUCCGUCAGUGCAUGCUUCAGUUGGUGGACGCGAUCGAGCACAUGCAUCUCAACGCUGUCUACCACCGUGACGUAAAGCCAGAGAACAUUAUGCUCGGCAAGGACGGCGCCAUCAAACUUGGUGACUUUGGUCUGGCCACGAUGGAGUCGUGGUCGACUGAAGCAGCUGUUGGCAGCGACCGUUACAUGGCUCCUGAGCAGUACGAUCCAGGCAACGUUGGCUACUCACCAGCCAAGGCUGACAUAUGGGCCAUUGGCAUCUGCCUGCUCAACGUCUUGUUCUCUCGCAACCCGUUUGCCACUCCUUCCCUGGAUGAUCCGCUCUAUGCAGACUUCGCCCACGACAAGCAGACCCUCUUCGAUGUCUUCCCUACCAUGUCUCAGGACACGUUCGAAGUCCUAACUCAUUGUCUUGCACUUGAUCCUGCGAAGAGGUCUCUUGCAGCAGUUCGUUCUGCUCUGAAGCGAGCCCUCUCUUUCACUACAGACGACGAGACACUGGAUGAGUUCUGCGUCGACGACAACGUUGUGGUCACUGCGACAGCCAACAGGAUGCCCCUGCGCACUCCUUCAAUCCAUACUCCACAGUUGGAUCAGAGUGGUGCCUUCCCGUGGGCCAAAGCUUUGGCCUUGACUCCGAAUGCUCGUCAACUUUCUGUCAUCCCCGACACGGAGCUCUCAGAGCCGGUCGCAGCAGCUGAAAAGAACUCGGAUUGGUAUGCUGUCAAGCCAGAUACUGCUUCUGUUGCUUCCUUUGUGGACUCAGGUCUUGGUGUGUCCCUCAAAUCCACCGAACUUCAGCUCAAGCCGGAGACUGCUAGGUUCAAUCGUUCCAAGCCGGUGCCCAUCUCUGGCUCCCUGCCCAUCACUAUGGGCCGCCCCGUGCCAAGCAUUUCAGCUGUAUUUGGCAAGAAGCGUGAUCUUGUUUCGAAGAGUUGGAGCGAUCUUUGGGACGAGGAGGAAGAGGAGAACGCAAUUGCCUCCGACAACGAAAACGACAUAAUUCUGUCACGUGGCCGGCAAUCUUGGAGAGAUGACGUUGAGGGUCAAGACACUCCCCGCCAGGUUUUGAGCGAGCUGAAGAACCCAGACACGGUUAACAACAGUCGCAAUCGCACUCCGGUCGCUGUGGACGCUAUUGAGGAUCAUGUCAGCGAGCACACUGGCUUUGUUUUUGAAGAGCACGACACUCCGCGGCCGGGCUCACCCGUCACUCCAGCUGGCGACCGCUACUCUCCACCAUCCAAGCGGGCGUUGAUCGACAAGUGGGCUGCGCUUGGCGACCGUCGCAGAGCAUAUCCAACUCCUUCGAAAACUCCAGUUCACAUUUCGACACCUCGUAAACGCAGCCGAGCUGGUAGCUGGCGUUCCCGCAAUGUUGAUGGCAAGCCGUACAAAUCUCCCCAAUUUUCUUUUGUUAAUGACUCUACUCACACUUCUACAACCGGCGUUUUGGAUCAGUAUCAACGACAUCUUAGUUCUGGACGCAAUGGCAGAGCUUUUACGACAACCAAGGCUCAUCACCAUUAUCACCCGAUGGAACAACAUCCUUGGCUCUCGAGCAAGGAUUGGCGACAACAGGUUCCUCCCCAGCGGGAGGAACCUGCUGACAUUUUGAGUGGGUGGAGGCGAGGCCUUCACUUGUAGUGUCUGUCCGAACUACGUUAUUUGGCACCAUGUCUCUUCUUUCAAUCCUACCACCACCAGAACUUGAGGAGUAGCUUCCCCGGAGAGAAACAAGGCGUUUUUUUUUUAAGUUUGUACGGUGUAACAGGUUCGCUUCGCCAAGAGCUUACUAGGACAAAAUUUUUGUAACUUCUUUUUUUUUUGGAGCUGGCAGUCUGGUUGCUGAACCCGAAAAUAAGGCAGGCGAAGAUCAUUGGGAAACUUGCAUCAUCAAAUCUUGUAAAACCACUUCAAACUGGAUUGGGCUGGGCUUCUUUCCGUCGUAUAUUUGGGCUUGUAGUUUUAGAUGAGAGACCCCCUUUUGAUCUCCUUUGUUGAUGAUGGGAUACAAACAGAACUUGCUGCAUGGGAAAUGGAUGUUUAGCGUGAAUGAUGGUUACAUAGGAGAAGGGAAGCUACACACUCCGGGCAGAAGAAGAGAGAUGGUACGGAUCAGACAUCCUGGACAACACUACGCAUCUGAGACUGUACAACGCAAUCUUCCAGUGGACACUGAUCUCAAGUGCCGCUGGUGGAUUGAAGAUGAUCUGGCUGCGUAUUGCUAGAUUGACAACACAAAUAUCAGAUUUACCCACUCAAA